UAUGUGCGCGCCCACGGGAGGGGCCGAUAGAAAAUGGCGAGUCUGUGCAAAAGGCAGCAAUGCACGAUAGAGAGGCGCGGCUUUCGGCAGGAACUUGACUCUUGGAGGCACAAACUCAUUCACUGUGUAGGCUUUGAAAGCAUCUUGGAGGGAUUGUUUGGGCCGAGACUAGUCAAGGAUAUCACUCUUUUCCAAGACUGCGAGCCGGAGGAAGUGUCUGACUGGUCCUUUGAUGAAAACUGUCUCUUCUGCUGCUUAAGACGUGAGAAAAACAAGGAGCACAGUGUGGAAAACGGUGGAGGCAGCCACGUGCUGUCAGAGUGUGAGGACUUCAAACAGGAGCGAUCUCGGAUCAGCCGGCUGGACAGACAGGCCCAAGACUUCCUCAAUGCUGUGUUCCACAGGAAAGACCUCCCAAGUUUCUCUGACCCUCACAUUCCUCUAGUGGCUCGUGAGAUCAUGCAGCGAAUGAUCCGCCAGUUCGCUGCCGAAUAUACCUCAAAAACUACUCAGGACGACCCGCCCCUGCCCAACGGCACCAUGAAGGACCAAAGCCUGCCGAGAGCGGUGUCUCUGGCACCGGCCCCCAGCUCCCCGCCUGGGCCCACACCCAUCUCCUCUCCAUCGUCUGCCUCCUCCUCCCCAUCCCCGACCCCGGGAGUGGGCUUCAACCCCGCCUCUGUCGCUGCCGCCUCAGCACCCGCCUGCACUCAGAGCAGCAACGGUACGGGGGGAGGAGUGACGGCUGCUGCCUCUGCACAGAACCCCGUCCUCAGCAAGCUUCUCAUGGCCGACCAGGACGGCCCGCUGGACCUCACCAUCAAGAAGAGUCAAGCUGCCCCAGAGCCCAGCCAGCAGGACGGCGUCCUGGACCUCUCCACCAAGAAGAACCAGAGUGGAGGCAGCCCCAGAACCUUGCCCACCUACUCACCUGCUCCUGUGGUCAAAGGACGUUUGCUCAAAGCAGAUCAUACCCUGUCAGAGGUGGAGGACGAUGACAGCCUGCUGCACAGAAGUUUGCAGGAAGGACUAAGGGAGAAUUACGUCAAUUCCUUCAAGCCCCCGAUGGCCCGCUCGCUGCGCAUCAAGGAAGAGCUUCUCAGCCAAAAGCAGCGCCUUCUGAGCCAGCCAACGGCUCUUUCAUUGGCCAGUCUCGAGUCAUCUGGCCUGCUGAAUCAUGGGCAGUCCCAGUCCCUGCUUAGCCAGAAGGGUUCUUCCUCAUUUUGGGGAAACAAGGCCCAGCUUGAAAGCCUGAUGAAACUAAAGCAGGCCGGUGGAGCUCUGAGUGAUCUCAAAGACCUGCCUACAUUCCUGGAGAAUCACCACCAUAACCACCAUGGCACCUUCUCCUUUAAGAGUUCCCUCCAACAUCACAGCCAUAAUCAGGUCUCAAAGGCCCAACACCACCACAGCGAGGGCAAACGGGAGCAGGGCCACUCACCACCUGUCGACCUGAAGAUCCCCCAGGUUCGGGGAAUGGAUCUCUCCUGGGAUUCCCAUGCCUCUGAUCUGUACGGUUAUGGUGCCAUGGGGGUAGGGGGAGGUGGUCAUGGGGAGAAUACGCUAAGCCGGAAGCUGAGGGCCAUCCUGCCGAAGCAGAACCGCCGGGGAGGAAGUCUUGGAAGCCUUCUGGAUGGGGCAGCUGACUACUGGAGCUCUGACUUGGACCACUCCUCUUCGGGGCCGGCGUACUCCAUCUCCGACGUGGAAGGGGACCCAAGCUCCAAGCAGCCAAGGAAGAAGAGGGGCCGUUACCGGCAGUACAACAGCGAGAUUCUGGAGGAAGCCAUAGCUGUAGUGAUGAGUGGGAAGAUGAGCGUGUCUAAGGCACAGAACAUGUAUGGGAUCCCACACAGCACCCUUGAGUACAAGGUAAAAGAGCGCAUGGGAACCUUGAAGAACCCCCCAAAGAAAAAGCUCAAGCUGAUGAUGAAGAUGGAAGCAGGAGGCCAGGAUUUUCCCACCGAGACAGAGAACACGCCCACCACAACCCCUCGAGAAGACGGCCUGCCGCUAGCAGCUGCUGAGCUUAAGGACGAUGUAAAAGAGGAGACUGAUGACGAUUUCAAACCAAUCGACUAAACUACUUACACAUGUAAACCUCAGUCACGUGACUUAAUUUUAAAAUGGAUGGGGCUUUAUUUGUGCCAAUCUACUUUGCAGUAUCUGGGUGAGCACAAACGCAGGGAUAAAAUGAGGAAGAUCCUUAAAAACAAGCUGGAAAGAAACUACCAAUCGGACAGUUUAUAAACAGCGUCGUUUGAGAAACGCUGAAUAAGCAUUUGUUUAGCUUUUAUAUCCAGGAGCUUAACAAAUGCAACUAUAAAGACGUAAGACAAUGAAAUUUCCUUUAGCAUGCUGAUAAUCCCCAGCCCAAAACCCCAAACUCCCGUCUUUUCUGAACUUGAUUCUCAGAUCCAUUGCUGCCUCUAAAUGCAGUUUGGGCUUUGAUGAAUUAGAUUUUUUGGGGGGUUAAAAAAUGAGGGGAUGGUUGAAAAUUUCAAAUACUGACAAAUUAGUCCCUUUUACCUUGCCCUUUCUCAUGGAAAAAUAGCUGGAAAAUUGGUAAGUGAAACGUCUAUUCCAUUUAAAGCCAACAAUAAGGUGUAAUCAUGUCAUUGAUGUUCCUCACAAGGGUUCUGAAUCAAACCCAUCUCUUAUUGCCAGGUAGCCAUGAUGCUUUAACUGCAAACCUUUUCUUUCCUCCUUAAAAAUACUCUACUAAUCUCUGUGUGGACGAAAGCAAGAUUAACCCGUCCUCUUCUGAUCGUGAGAAGACAUAAAAGUCAUUCAGGGAUGCAUGUUUGUGAGUUUCGUGGACACUACUGACUCCUAUAAUCAACUUCUUCUCCUCUAUCUUUUUGUUUGAUUUUUUUUUUUGCUUUCUUUUGCACUACACUUUGGGUCUGGUGCUUGCAGACCAGGUUACCUCGGCAUUGUUGCCCAUGCAUCAUGCACUUAUAAUGGUCUGUUUUUGAAGCCCAGAUGCAACCUUGCAAUGGGUCAGAGGUGCACGUUGCCUGCUUAUGCUGAUUCAUAUUCAGAUG